AUGAGUUAUACUAUGUUUUCACCGAAUCCCGCGAGCCCAUUGUACCCAAGCACGUCAUCACAAUCAAAUAACAACAACAAUAACAACAACAAUAAUAAUAAUAAUAGAGGUGGUAAUAACAACAAUGAUACUGGUGUAUCUUCACCAGUUCCAAAAAAGCUAAAAACAGAUGAUUAUUUAUUUGGCAGUUCUCAUGGAUCUCCAUUGGUUACAUCGCCAUUACCGACCUCGGCUGCAUUACAACCAAACAUCAGCUAUACUAGGCGGUCAAAUACAUUAAAGUCCACAACAGCUAAAUCCAGCGGUGGUGCUCUAAGCAUAUCAGCAGUUAGGAAAGAAAAGACACCUGAAAACGAGAAUGAAGAUCAACGGUUCUUGAGAUUAGCUCGCGAUGCUUUGGUUGCCACUGCUCAAGGAAUUAAUCGAAAUAGUCGCGAAGUUGUUGAUCCCACGAUACAAGACCUAUUGACUAGGUUGCAGUAUGCUUCUUCACCCCAUGGAAACCCAAUUUCCAAACUGGAAGGGUUAGAGGCUAAUGAUGCAGGACAAUUGAAUAUACUGGGGUUCUAUCAACUGUUUCCUAAUUUGAGUAAUAAUAUAUUUGCAGCUGGUGGUGAGGAUGCUACAACUACAACAACAACUGCUGCUGCGGCUGAUGAUAAGGUUAAUAAUCGUACUAGCGUUACAAGUGGUGGUGGUGGUGUUGUUGAUCAAACAGGAACACGAGGUGUAAGUAAAUACAAUCCAGCUGGCAAUGAACUGGGUUGGAAUUUCUUGAUCGGGGAACCAUUGAAAUUGAAAAGUGAUGCUGAACGACAACGUGAAAAUAGAAAUUAUGCUCAUCAAAGUGGUAGACCAACGGGGCGUGCAUCGUCAAUAAUAUCUUUGUUAAACGAUGCCCCACUGCCAAUACAUCCAUUGCCAUUAACAACUACACCAAAUCAAUCAAUACUGCAACAAAAACGGAAAUCAACCACCAAGACUACAAAGAAAUCUACAGGAUCGUCUUCAAGUUACAAAGAUCAAGCACGUAAAUUUUUAUGUGAUAAAUGUUUAAUGACAUUUCGUCGAUCUUCUGAUUUGAAAAGACAUGCAAAACAACAUCUUGACGUGCCGGCUAAUAUAUGUCAAUUGUGCGGUAAAGGAUUUGCUAGAAAAGAUGCAUUAAAGAGACACAUGGGAACAUUAACGUGCAAACGAAAUGCCAACAAGAAGUUGUAUGUUGAUAAUUUGGCGUUUUUGAAUAGUGAUGGAAUUGGAAGAGGAAACAGCACUGGUCGUAGUGAGGAGGAUCAAGACGAUGAUGAUGACGAAGACGACGAUGAUGAAGAUGAAGAGGAUGAAGAAGAGGAAGAUCAAGAUGAUGACGACGAGGAAGGAGGACGUAAGCGAAAGAAGAACAAGUUUGGGCAUAACAAUAAUGAUCAAGAUGAAGAUGACGACGAUGAAGAUGACGAUGACAUUAGAAAACCAAACUUUCCUACUUUUGGAUAUCAAAAGACUAAUUGGAAAGUAUAA